CACUACUAUAUAACAAAUAAUUUGAGAUAUGAACCACCUAGUAACCCUCUCCCUCACCAUCUCGCUCCUCCCAAAUCUCGCUCUUUCUGGGCUAAAGUGUUACGACAAGUGUAAUGUAGUCACCUCUUUCUCGUACGGUAACGAUCCUGAUGACUGGGCCAGGAACUCGCUAAUGGACAGAGUAUCUGAUAAGAACAAGGCUUGUACUUCGGCCCAAAUAUCAGAAUGUGAGGAAAAGGAGGUAUGUUUAUCGUACGACGUGGCAGCAAGUGCAGAUAUUGAGAUACACCCUGAUAGCGACGUUGAGGGGGGAGGCAUACAACAACAACAAACAACAAUAUCUCAGGAAGGACACAUGGGAUUCACAAUAAACUUCUGCGGACCCAAGACCUACACAGCAGUCCCACCCUCUCACUGCAACGAGUGGGCUAGUUCUCUCGAGGAGGAGUUUCAGAAGGAGAAGGGGUCUCCUUUUACUGUGUCUGAUGUGGACGCUACCUGUGGUCAGGUUACGUUGUGUGAGGAGGAUUGUCUGGGAGCAGCUACUGGAUUGUCAGUUACACUAACUCUACUCAUCACAUCCCUGGUCUACCUUAUCUUCUAAGCUACUAAUAUCAAAAUAUUAUAGAGAAUUAAACGACUGAAAUAACUAAAUAGAAGUUCGUUAUGGGACACUGCACUGGUCUUAAGUUUUGGCUAUAUUGUGGGAAU